UAGCAAAGAGCUCAUAAAAAAAAACAAAAAUUUAAUCAGUUUGUUAAUGACUAAUUACCAUUUUACUAAAAAUAUUUUGUAAUGCAUGCAGAAUGCAGUUGAUAGUUUAGCCAGGUUUGGCCUCUAUAUAUAUUUUGGACCUUAUAUUAGUUUUGUUCGGUUAAUUUUUAUCUUUCGUCGUGAUACAGUGAUGAUUAAAGCAUAGGUUUAAAGUUUAAUAUGGAUCAGCAGAAUUCCUCGAAUAGAACCAAAAGUUGGCUUUGUCACUUGCGCUACAUGAAAAUGUUUAAAAGUUCCGGUAAUUCGGAUAGUGACGCUAGUCAAAUAAGAUCGAGCCCUAGCGAUUUUCAAAUCGAGCAACCGAUUCAAAGGAGCGUGACGACGAAUUCGCUAGACGACACUCGGUCAGCUCAAAUGAGACGACACGACAGUAAUUUUCGAAGAAGUCUCAGGAAAUGGCAUACAAGAAUGAAAAACUGUUUCUCUAAAAAUACAAAACAAGCCCCAGCCUCUGACAUAAGGCAUCAAAAAAGUGAGCAGAUACAGGGACAGGUAAAUGUCACAGAAUAUAUUCCAAACAAUUAUCCCUAUGUUCCUUAUUCUGCUCCUAGAACGGAAACUUGUACCAAUAUAAGAAACAAUUCAUAUACUCUGUCUCGUUGCGUUUGGUAUUGGGGCCCAGCUUCAAAAACUCAAGUGGAGGCCAAACUCGACGGUGCACCGGACGGGUCGUUCCUAGUCAGAGACUCUGCGUCAGACAGACACAUUUUCACUAUCAGCUUUCGAAGUGUGGGACAGACGCUCCACGCCAGAAUAGAUUACACAUGGACUGGUUACAAAUUGUUUGAUCACGAAGGAUAUUCUCUAGUUGUGGAGCUGAUAGAAAAGGCCAUGGAAAAAUCGAGGGAGGGGGUGUUUUGCUACACGUUAAGUCAAGGCGAACAGCCCAAUUUUCCAGUUAGGUUACUCAAACCCAUUUCCAGAUUCGAAAAAGUUCGUUCUCUACAAAGCCUUUCCCGAUUCGUAAUCAGACAGCACGUUAUGUGGAACAACAUAGAAAACUUAUGUUUACCCCUCACAUUGAUUUCGUAUUUGAAAGAAGAAGACUACUUUUGUUAGUGAGUCUUUUGUGCUGUAUAAAAAUGUCAAUCCUAUAUUAUGCAGUGUUAGGUUAGGCUACAUAGAUAGCGUUUACAUCAUUUAAGUAAUACUCCUAUAAGGCUAGGAAAGAAUUAAGGGACGGCAACAAAAUAAAUAAUCAUAGAAUUAACAACGAUGCAUACAAUAAUUAUGCAAAUAUACAGUGUGGUCCGAAUUGUAUACGAAAAACUUCGGCAGCAUAUUCUGCAGAUAAAAAUAAGUAAAAAAGUUCUUAUAAACGUAUUUCCUAAAAUGCUUUAUUUCGGAGAUACAGGGUGUAGAAGUUUCAUUUUUAUUUUGAUUUUUUCUAAAUAACUUCUAAACUAACAUAGAUAUAUGAAUGAAAAUUGGUACCUGGGUGUUUUUUGACAUGAGAAAUUUUAUUUCCUACAUAUUUUUUAACUGGUUUGAAGAGUAAUAACUUUUCGUCCGUACCUUACA